AUGGCUUUCCUUGGGCAUAUUGUUUCUAAAAACGGGGUUGCAGUUGAUCCUUGUAAGAUUGAGGUUGUGGUUAAGUUGGAAAGACCAAUGAAUGUAUCCAAAGUCCGUAGUUUCCUGGGACUUGCAGGGUAUUAUAGACGUUUUGUGGAGGGGUUCUCGAAGAUAGCACUUCCUCUGACCCGCCAGAUUAAGAAGGAAGUCAAAUUUGAAUGCUUUGAUAACUGUGAGAGAAGUUUUCAAGAACUGAAGAAAAGACUGACCACAGCCCCGAUAUUGACCUUGCCUAAGGGGAAUGAAGAUUUUAUAGUUUACACGGAUGCCUCGCACAAAGGGCUUGGGCGUGUACUAAUGCAACGAGGAAAGGUUAUAGCCUACGCCUUCAGGCAAUUAAAACCAUAUUAG